AUGUCUGGACGCGGUAAGGGAGGCAAAGGACUCGGCAAAGGUGGCGCUAAGCGUCAUAGAAAAGUACUUCGCGACAAUAUUCAAGGUAUUACGAAACCUGCUAUUCGUCGUCUAGCAAGACGUGGUGGAGUGAAACGUAUUUCUGGCCUCAUCUACGAGGAAACUCGUGGAGUACUGAAAGUGUUCCUCGAGAACGUUAUUCGUGAUGCUGUCACCUAUUGUGAACAUGCUAAACGUAAGACUGUUACGGCUAUGGAUGUCGUCUACGCGCUGAAGCGUCAAGGUCGUACACUCUACGGAUUUGGAGGAUAA